CUCUGGGGUGUUUUUUUCUUCCUGUUCAUUCGAGAGCUAUCUCAGGGUCUAAGGGCACUUACUAGUGCUCAUGCUGAGUUUUCUGGUAGUAGUGGCGGCCAUAUGAGCAAUCGGUACGAAUGGGAAAAAUUCGGCACUUUAUGGGGCUCUAAAAACAUCGAAGGCGGUGUCUUAGUGAGUCACGGAAAGAUUUAUAUUAAUACGUUAACCGAUGAAGGUGGUCAUCUUGGCCCUAUUAGUCUGCCCAGUCUACUCAUCGCUAGAAAUUUCAACUUCUACGGUGUCCAGGCCUUAAAGAAAAGUAGCAGCAACUUCGGUCUGGUUACCCUCUUUAAUAUAGAGAUCAUUUUGUCUCUCCAGCCUUUCAUCAAUAUCCCCGUUAUCUCCAGCACUCCUACUAUCAAGACUAUUUCAUAA